AUGGCGUCCGAGAGCCACCUCCGCGUCCAGUACGAGUCGCUCCUCAAGGAGAACAAGCAGCUCAAGGGCUCGGUCGAGAAGCUCGAGCGCGAGAACCAUGACCUCAAGCGCUCGGUCUAUGAGCUCAGCCUCAAGUUGGAUGGCAUCGCGCCGAGAAGCGCGCUGGCGACAACGAGCGCUGGCGCCAUCAGUUCAGCGAGUGCCACUGGUGACGGCGGCUCGGCCGUCUUUCGCAUGAACGACCUCUUGGCCAAGGAUGCGAGCCAGGAGAACGCUCCGUCGUACCUCGAGACCAUGGCGCAGGCCGGCGACGACGACGAUCCGACCGCACACCAGAACCGCGUGCUCUACCAAAAAUCGGAGCUGCGUGGUCAUGGCGGGGCUGUGUAUACGACCAAGUUUUCGCCCUGCGGCCGCCUCCUCGCGUCGGGCUCCCUGGAUUGCCGCGUGCUGCUCUGGGACAUCACGACCAAGUUCAACCAGCAGCAGUUGGCGUCCCUCACGCAGCACAACCAACUCAUCAUCGACAUCAGCUGGUCCAACGACAGCCGCUCGCUGCUCUCGGCGUCGUACGACCACACGGUGAACCUCUGGGACACGGACAAGGGCCAGCUCCUCAACAGUGUCGGCGUCAACGGUCUUGUCCAAACGGUCGCCUUCAACCCUGCUGACAACGACAUGUAUUUCAUUGGCACGAGCCAGAAGAGCGUCCACGUGCUCGAUGUCCGCACCGGUCUUGCCUCCUCGUGGGGCCAUGACGCGAUGGUCAACUCGCUCUACGUGACGUCCGACGGACAGCAACUCAUCACCGGCGACAGCAAGGGCUGGGUCAAGACGUGGGACGUGCGCGCGGGCAAGGUCAUCGACGACCUCUCGCAGCUCAACGACGAUGGCCACCACGCCAUCUCGCACGUGCACGCAUCGCCGGCCGGCGAUGGCCGCGGAGGCGACGAAGACGGGCGGUACCUUGCCGUCAACAGCUACGACAACCUCUUGCGCGUCUACGAUCGCGGCUCCAAGCUCAUUAGCAACACGCAGGGCGUGGACCCGAUGCAGCUCAGCUACUUUGUCGCUGGGCACAAGAAUAAGAACUGGCCGAUCAAGAGUUCGUUCUUCCGUGGCGAAGGCAACACGUACAAGCUUUCGCUGCCGUCCAACCGGUUCCCGAAGCGCAAGCUCACGGACGGCGACAACGAAGACCUCGGGUACCAGGACCGCGAGCUCCAGGAGAAGCCCGACGAAGUCAUGCUUCUCGCGACAGGCAGCGCCGACAACACCAUCUACCUUCACGACGUCACGUGCCGCCGCGGCUAUGGCCUCAACGGAUCCACGAGCCUCCUCCAGCGCCUCGAAGGCCACACAGACCGUGUCUACUCGGUGGACUUUCACCCGAACGAGCCGAUUUUGGCGUCGGCGUCGGCCGACUUUACCGUCAAAAUCUGGCUGCCCCGGACGUCGCGCUUGAACAAACCGUCGUAA